UACAGAAUGGAGAAGGAGCUAUGCCUUGCAGCUGUGGAAGAUGCAGUGCAGUACCAGCUAUUUCUGUUAACACACAAACAAGAAGCAUCUGAGCAUCACCAAGAAAUUCUUCAGUCAUAUAUUGAAAAGAUACUAGCCCACUUUGCACCCAUCCUUGUUUCCUAUAUCUGGCAAAACCAACCAUUUAAUCUCAAGUAUAAGCCGGCCAAAGGUGAUAUUCCUGCUCAUAUUGGCGGUUUCACAAAAUUUGGGGAUAAUAUUGAGGAUGAAUGGUUCAUUGUGUAUCUUCUAAAGGAAAUUACAAAGGAAUUUCCAGAGUUGGCAGCCAGGGUGGAUGAUAAUGAUGGUGAAUUCCUGCUGAUAGAAGCAGCUGACUACCUUCCUAAGUGGUUGAAUCCUGAGACUAGCAUCAAUCGGGUGUUCUUGCACCGUGGUGAAUUGUGCAUAAUUCCAGAACCAAACACUCCUGAAAAGGAGACGUUACUGCCUGUUACCAAUCCUACAGUUCUUGAAGCCCUGAAGUUAUUAUCUGCCCAUUCUGGGGACUUUGUAGCUGCAAAAUCUAUUAGAACAGCAAUGUAUAAGCGCAUCAGUGGGUAUCCUGAGAAAAUCCAAGCAUGCCUUCACCGAGCUCACUGUUACCUUCCAAUAGGCGCUGCAGCAGUACUGAAGCAACAUCCUGGGCUCGUGUCUGCAGCAGUCCAAGCUUUUUACCUGCGAGACCCCAUUGACUUAAAAGCAUGCCGCAUUUUCAAAGUGUUCCCUCCAGAAUCACGCGUAAUGACUUCGGUCACUUUUACAAGGUGUCUGUAUGCACAAUUGGUUCAGCAGUCUUUUGUCCCUGACAGACGGAGCGGGUACUCAUUGCCUCCUCGCUCGCAUCCUGAGUACAAAGCAUACGAGUUGGGCAUGAAGUUGGCUCAUGGGUUUGAAAUGCUGUGUUUCAAGUGUGGCUCAACGUUUCAUGACUCCAAGAAACAUGUGUCAAGUGGUCAGUUGUGGGACAACUUUCUGAACAGUCUGAAGAAAAAUAAUUAUUUUAAGGGGGAGCUGGAAGGUUCUGCUCAGUAUCUGGAUAAAUUGCAUAUGGCAGAAAAUUAUUUUCAGCAGACUGUAGUCAAUCCGCAAAGUUCAGUUGUUGGAAGCCCAGGUGAAGAAAUUAUCUCUAUAUUAAAAGCAACUAAUUUGGAGGAUUUUGGAAAAGAAGCAUGCAGUCUUCCACCAGAGGAUGAUGAAGAUUGGUUGGAGAUCACUCCAGACGCUCUGGAACAGAUCCUUAAAGAGGCAAGAGGAACAAGUGAGUCUGCUUCUACCUCAAAUGAGGAUGAACAGAACUACAACUUAACAGAGGUGACUCAAAGCAUGAAGGCAUUUAUGUCUAAAGUCUCAACACACGAAGGAGCGGAAGUGCCAUGGACAUCUUCUGCGGCUCCUGUCAAUUUUGAUGUUGAUUCAUUCACAGAUGCUCUAGACAAAAUUUUAGGAACAAAUUCAGAAGAACUGGACUCAGAUGAUUUAGAAGAAGAAGAAGAGUUUGAAUUCCUGGACAGUGAUGAAGAUCUAAAAACUGAUAAUAAAGGGGAAACAACAUCUCAGGAUGAAGCAGUGGGAAGCCUCAAAUCAUAUAUGGAUGAAAUGGACAAUGAACUUGCAUCAACCAAUAUUGGGAAAAGCUUCACCACCCAGCCAAGAAUGGUUGAGCCUGGUAAAGGGUGUUCAUCCCAAGAUACUGAUAGCAACUUGAAAGAUGAUUUUGGUGCAGCGGCUGCUGACUUGACACAGGUGGAUAUAGAUCUCAACCUCGUGGCUAAUUUGCUAGAAUCAUAUAAUGCUCAAGCUGGACUAGCAGGACCAGUCUCCAAUAUUCUACAGAGCAUGGGGAUACAUUUGCCUGAAAAUACAGACCACAAACCUCAUCAGUAG